AUGGAACCCAAGCUUAAACGGGUAGGAGGUCCUGUAUGGAAGUCUGGAGAGCUUGCCAAGAUGAAAGAAAUUAUUCGUGGUCUUGAGGGGAAAACGGAUAGAUACCGGGGUAACUUUUGGCAAAAGGUCUCCUCUGAAAUGAAGGUACAUGGCUUUGAUCGUCAACCAGCUGCAAUCUGCGCCAAAUGGCGUCGCGCCACCAACAAUUUUCAAUCAAAGUCUCCAACAGGAAAUGCAUCUAGUAUCUGGGACGUCAGUGAUAGCGACGGCGCCGAGGACGAGGAGGAUGAGGAGUAUUUCAAAAGUAAUUUUGUGCAUGGAAGGGAACUCAAAGACGAAGCUCUCAAACCGUGGACUGCAGGAAACAACUGGUUGGAAGAAGAGGACACCAUUGCAUUCGAUUGCAUUAAAAGCCAGCGAGAUAGAGAGAGGGAGCUUAAGGUUGAACCGGUUUCGGCGGAACAAAUUUGGCACAUGGUGUCAGAUAGUCUUGCUUCCCAUGGAUUCUAUCGUAAAGCUCCAAACGUUUACAGAUACUGGAAUACCAAGGGUAGAGAAAAGCAUAAUUUCGAUGCAAGAUCUCCAAGUGCUAUCGAGAAAGCCAUGGUGGAUGCAACUCGGGUUCCUGGAAUUCAGCCUAAACAAGCCCCUUCAAAACCUGCCACGCUCCAAGACAGGCCCUCUCGUUCAAUUUCUAAAGUCUCAACUAAAAAUCCCUCUCAGCUAGAUAAUCCCAAUGCUGAGAUCACUUUGGGCAAUGCACAACUGUCAGAUAUUUCACCUCAGCAGCAUGCCAUUUUGAAGGUUCAGUAUGCAAAAUACAAUCAGUUAGAUAAUCCCGUGGUCAAUGAAUUAGCACUAGAGACCGGAUUGAACAGAGAACAAAUCAAGAUCUGGUAUAGAACUCAGAGAUCCAUUGACCUGAAAUUAGAGCUUCAGAAAGAAGCAGAAGUCCAGACUGGAAAAGAACCUUCCCGCCUCUUUCUUGAUAAGUCAGAGCUUGAAAGCAUAGGAUCGAGGCGUCAUCGUGUAUCAGACAUUGGCUUUCAGAGUCAGGUAGAUGAGAAUCCAGCCAAAAGACUAUGCCACAGCCUGGGCUCUGAGGGUGUGAUGGACAAUCGCAAGAAAGCUUCGGUCGAUAUGAACGCUCAGAAUGAAGCUUUUGAUUAUCAAUCAACGAUUUCAGGACUGAUGGGUGCGCCUUCUAACAAUGGCCGUGCAGCAUCGACUAUCGAAGUACAACAGCCUUCUUUCAAGCCUGCAACACAAAGCGAUAUCCCAGACCCUGCAUCUCAAAUGAACGUUGUUUUGACAGCAGAACGCCAAAGGGUACGACAAAAAAUGCUUGCAGCUGAGGCGGAACACAGGAAGCUAAAAUUGGCUAUUGUCGCUCACAAAGAAAGAGCAGAGGCGGAGCUUGAAGCUGCAAGAGCAAAGGUACAAGAGCUUACGGUGCAAGAGGAAAUCCUGGAAAAGGCUAGUGAGCGUAUUGUGCACAUUGAAGUCCUUAUCGAUGAUCAAUACCAGGUGCCAUUGAGACGUUGA